ACAAAACGUAUUUUUAUGAAUGUAAAUUAAAUUAAAUGACCUACUGCUAACUUUAAUAAUAACUCAUUCAUUUUGCACAUAGGAGCAAAGCAACCCUGACAUUAGGAUCAGUCAAUGUGUGCAGCGGGAUGCCGGUGUUGUGUCGUUUUUCCGGUGUGUUUCCGCCCCCUUCCUCUUGGUUUCGCCCAAACUGGCCUGAGCAGUAGCUCCUCAGCCUUUAUCCCUCUGAUGCUGCUGCUGCUGAUGUUGAGGAAGAUGCGCUGCAACUCUGAAUGAAUCCACAGUCAAUUGCCUGCUGCUGGACGGCUGCGCGAUGAACGCAUUGGCUCUUUACAGCCAAAUACCUGGAAUGACGAUGAUUAUGGAUAUCUUCUAUUUUGUAUUGAUACUGCCAACAGUAUGGGCUGUCGAAGAGGUACUAAUGGAUUCUACAACAGCAACAGCAGAACUGGGUUGGACCAUCUUCCCAUCACAGGGGUGGGAAGAAGUUAGCGGCUAUGAUGAAAACAUGAACACCAUCCGAACAUACCAGGUGUGCAAUGUCUUCGAUAGCAGCCAGAACAACUGGGUACGCACCAAAUACAUCCGCCGCCAUGGGGCUCAGCGCAUCCAUGUUCAGAUGAAGUUCUCGGUACGCGACUGCAGCUCCAUACCCAACGUCCCUGGCUCCUGCAAGGAAACCUUCAACCUGUACUACUAUGAGUCGGACUCAGACACAGCCACUAAAUCAUCCCCAUCCUGGAUGGAGAACCCCUGGGUGAAAGUGGACACUAUAGCAGCUGAUGAGAGCUUCUCUCAAGUUGACCUUGGUGGCCGCAUCAUGAAGAUCAACAGUGAAGUUCGUGGUUUUGGACCUGUUUCACGCAAUGGUUUCUACCUCGCUUUCCAGGAUUAUGGCGCCUGCAUGUCACUUAUUGCUGUUCGAGUCUACUACAGGAAGUGUCCCAGUGUGAUCCAGAAUGGAGCUGUCUUUCCUGAGACUCUGUCUGGAGCAGAGAGCACUUCUCUGGUGGCAGCCAGAGGGGUGUGUGUUCCCAAUGGGGAGGAGGUGGAUGUACCUAUCAAGCUGUACUGUAAUGGAGAUGGGGAGUGGAUGGUACCCAUUGGGCGCUGCAUGUGCAAAGCUGGGUACGAAGCGGUGGAGAAUGGUACAGUAUGCAGAGCUUGUGUAUCAGGCUUCUUCAAGGCUGCACAGGGAGACCACAAAUGUCUGCAGUGCCCCAUUAACAGCAGAACCACCAGCGAGGGAGCGACUAACUGUGUCUGUCGUAAUGGCUACUACCGCACUGACUCUGACCCUUCACAGAUGCCCUGUACAACUGUGCCAUCGGCUCCACAAAAUGUAAUCUCCAUAGUAAAUGAGACCUCUCUGAGGCUGGAGUGGAGCCCACCACAGGAGAGCGGUGGCCGAGAAGAUGUGGUCUACAACAUCAUAUGUAAGAGCUGUGGUAGUGGGCGGGGUGGCUGCACCCGCUGUGGAGACAACGUGCAGUUUGUCCCACGUCAGCUUGGGUUGACCGACACCCGCGUCCACAUCAGCGACCUCUUGGCUCACACCCAGUACACCUUUGAAAUUCAAGCUGUCAAUGGAGUGUCUGACCAGAGUCCUUAUUCACCACAGUACGCGUCAGUCAACAUCACCACCAACCAGGCUGCACCAUCAGCAGUCUCCAUCAUCCACCAGGUCAGCAGAACCCCUAACAGCAUCACCCUGUCCUGGUCCCAGCCUGAUCAGCCUAAUGGAGUUAUCCUGGACUAUGAACUGCAGUACUAUGAGAAGAAUCAGGCAGAGUGGAACUCAUCUCUUACAAGGAGUCAGACUAACACUGCUGUCAUACGAGGUUUGAAGCCUGGAACUAUCUACGUAUUUCAGGUUAGGGCUCGGACUGUUGCUGGAUUUGGACGCUUUAGUGGCAAGAUGUACUUCCAAACUAUGACUGAAGAAGAAUAUAACUCCAGUAUCCAAGAGAAACUCCCCCUCAUCAUUGGUUCAGCUGCUGCAGGCGUGGUCUUCAUCAUUGCCAUCACUGUCUUUAUAAUUGUCUGCCGCAGCAGGAGGAGCUCAGAUAGACCAGAAUCAGAGUACACAGACAAACUUCAACAUUACACCAGUGGCCACAAAGUGUCACCAGGAAUGAAGAUCUACAUCGACCCCUUCACAUAUGAAGACCCCAAUGAAGCAGUCAGAGAGUUUGCCAAGGAGAUUGAAAUUUCUUGUGUCAAGAUUGAACAAGUUAUUGGUGCAGGAGAGUUUGGGGAGGUGUGCAGUGGAAACCUCCGGCAGCCUGGGAAGAGAGAGAUCCUGGUGGCAAUUAAGACGUUGAAGGUGGGCUACACCGAACGCCAGAGGCGGGACUUCCUCAGUGAGGCGUCCAUCAUGGGCCAGUUUGACCACCCAAACAUCAUCCAUCUGGAGGGGGUGGUGACCAAGAGUAGCCCUGUGAUGAUCAUCACUGAGUUCAUGGAGAACGGAUCCCUCGACUCCUUCCUCAGGCAAAAUGAUGGGCAGUUUACAGUGAUCCAGCUGGUGGGAAUGCUGCGUGGCAUAGCAGCAGGAAUGAAGUACCUGUGUGACAUGAACUACGUCCAUCGAGACCUGGCAGCUAGGAACAUUUUGGUCAACAGCAACCUGGUGUGCAAAGUGUCUGACUUCGGACUGUCACGCUUCCUCGAAGAUGAUACUUCAGACCCCACAUACACCAGUGCUCUGGGAGGGAAGAUUCCCAUCCGGUGGACAGCUCCAGAGGCCAUCCAGUACAGGAAGUUCACCUCCUCCAGUGAUUGUUGGAGCUAUGGCAUAGUCAUGUGGGAGGUGAUGUCAUAUGGAGAGAGGCCCUACUGGGACAUGAGCAAUCAAGAUGUUAUCAAUGCCAUAGAGCAGGACUACAGGUUGCCACCCCCUAUGGAUUGUCCUAGUGCACUGCAUCAGCUGAUGCUUGACUGCUGGCAGAAAGACCGCAACAACCGGCCCAAAUUCAGCCAGAUUGUCAGCACCCUGGACAAGAUGAUCCGCAACCCUAACAGCCUCAAGGCCAUGACACCGCUGUCAUCAAGUGUUCACUUACCUCUGCUUGAUCGCAGCACUCCAGACUUCUCAUCUUUCAGCACAGUGGAUGAGUGGCUGGACGCCAUUAAAAUGGGCCAGUACAAGGAGAACUUUGCCAACGAAGGCUUCAACAGCUUUGAUGUGGUGUCUCAAAUGACAAUGGAGGACAUCCACAGAGUGGGAGUGACGUUGGCCGGCCACCAGAAGAAGAUUCUCAACAGCAUCCAGUCCAUGAGGGCCCAGAUGAACCAGAUCACAUCAGUGGAGGUGUGAUUCCAGGAGCACACGGGCUCUGUUUACUGUAGGAAACCCAGCAGCCACCAACUCUGCAUUUUCUUGGAACCUCUGAGGGAGGCUGAUGACCUGCGUACAAACUGUGACUUCAGUCCAACCUCAGCACCCUCUGUCUCCCUCCAAACUCUCUUGAGAAGGUUCCAUCAGUCUGCAGCGCAGCACAGAUGUUUGGUAGUUUUCUUGUAGCUGUUGUAUGUCCAGGUAACAGUCAUGACCCAAACUGCUCAGGCCAUGUUUAUUCAGUGAGACACCUUGAUUUUGUAAUUUAUUUUGUUAAAUGAUAACACACUGUACUUAACUCCACUCUCACCAACUUAAGACAUUCAAAAAGAAGUUUCCACAAUUGGCCUUGCACUUCACUCACAGUGAAAAUACAACAGCUCAGUAGAAUUCAACUAAAUGGCUACUACAAAAGAGAAGCUCAUUAGCCUGUUAGCUUGAAGCUGGUAUUAAGCAUUGUUUUCAAAUAAGUUAUUUACAUGUGCCACCAUUAGGCUCUUACUGACAGCAGGCUCUUACUGCUAGCUCUGUCUUGACUGGGAGGCAACAGGGCACAAUGCCACAGUGAGUAUUAACUAUUUAACAUUUCAUAUCAAACCGUUUCUACUAUUAUUGUCAGGCAGUUUACAGCAAUAGACUUUGAUUAAUUCCAUUGUAAUUAAAGGAAUUAAUUAUCUUUCUGCCAAAAUGAUAGCAUUUUUGACGGGUGCAACAUGGCAGAUUGUGCCCAGACAUACAAAAAAGCCCAUCCACAGCACCAUAGUGCAGUCUGCUGGCGCAUGACCCCGACACAGGGCACAAAUCGUAAUGAUUAACAUCCCAUCAGUGUUGGGGUUUUGCUUAGUGAUCCACGUGUCUAGAAAUCGACAGGUUCUUUACUUGUGUAUUUUUGCCCUUGUUCUCCACCUAAAAUCUCCUCUGACUUCUAGCCUGGUGAAACAAUCUUGAUCUAGCUUAAAAUCCGGAGUCUGCACACUCUAUUAUUUUAAAAAUUGAUCGGAGUCUAUGCUAUUUCUGUGUCUGAAUUCCUGCCAGUCCGUUCUGCUCUGUUCUGCUUUACGCGAGUGGGUCGCAGCUUCUGUCAAAUAUAUACCAGCCGCUGAGCGGAGCGAUGUGUCAUGGCGCUUCUGGUGGAAUUUAACGCAUUGCCUUGAAUGGGUGUUGCCUUAUGAAAGGCCAUGUCCAGUGGAAUUUGAGGCUUACUCGACCAUAGCACCUCCUUAAAACACGUAGACUGCAAGAACCCGAUCAUUGCUGCUUGCUGCUUUAAUUGUAUUGGCAUUCUGUAAAUGCCUCUCUAUAUAUUAGUUUAUAUUUUAACUGGCGGAAACCACACAGGCACGUGUCUACACACUGGUGAUUCACAGGAAGUUAUGCACUCGCAUAGUAACUUAAUAUUUCCGAUGUAACAGAUAAAGGUCAGUACAUGCAUUUGUAUUACAUUUCUGAUGGAGCUUUGCUGAGGGUGAGUUUGCUGCCACCAGUAGGUCACACACGUGAGAUUUGUAAUAGAACCCUGGGAUCCGUAUUAUAAAAACAUACUUGCCAUUACCAGUAGUUACAACAUGUGCCGCUGAAACAGUCAGAACUGAAAUCAUAAUGAUUAAAGUUUUAACUAAACAAAAAUCCACAGUUAAUACCAUUUCACACUUCCACAUAUCUGGCUAAUCACUGCAUGAAGUGAGUGUGCUUGUGGGAUUGUCUGUUUCAGAACAUAAAUUGGACACAACUCUGGAGACUUUCAGAUGCACUUAACUUGAAGCAGACUUGAGGCUGUGAGCAGUCCUUACUGUAGUUUAUAGGGUCCAAUUUCAAAAUAUGUUAUUGUUCCCUCAAGGGACCAUUUGAAGCCAGUGAGUUUUCAAACACAAAUACACACAAACAAUUCAAUAACAUAAAACAUAUAAAAAUACAAAAUAUAAUAAAGAAAAUAUAAUGCUUAAGGAUUAAUUGCAGUGGCCAAACAAUAUCCAACACCACAAAGGCACAGAGAAGUCGCAACAGCAAAUAGCCAUGUGCAAACAUAGGUGCAGCAGUGUGUUCUGUCCUAGUGGUUGCUAGCUGUGUUGGUAGUGGCAGGGCUGCUGUGGGAGGCAGCAGCAGUAAGAGCUCCCUCUUUGAAAGCACCUACUAAAGAAAUACAAGCUAAUGCUGUGUGCACCGGUCAGGCUGGACCACAUUGGUUCUCCAGCAGUUAACACUGACUCUUGUUAACAUUGCAUUACUGUUGUUCAGCUGUUGUUUGGUUUUGCUCAUUCGGUUUACUGGCUCCCCAACAGGAAUGAAGAAAUUUUCGCCUUUAAAAGGGGCUCUUCAAAAGGUCACCACAUAUUUCAGUGUCUGUGCUGUCAGAAACUGAAGACUUUGCUUUGACAGGUGAAUGGACAUCUGAGACAAAAGAAAGCACCAUGUAUCCUGUCAACCUACAGACUUUGGCCUCCUAAUGAGUCCUGUGUGAGCUGGUCAUCUGAAAAUGCCAUAAAAUGGCACUAUAACUGAUAUUUUUAAAAGCCAAUUGGUUGAUAUUUUUUACACACGUCUUCGUAGCAAGAAAAAUAUUUUUUUUAACCUUGAAGUACACUUGUAACUGUCCCAUUUACUGUGAAGCUGUGUAAAGUUACUGUAAAGUCUGUGUCAGGGUUUGGGCAAGAAAACAAUUUGUUGCAGUAAAAAUUUUCUCACUGCCGAACAUGUGUUUUUGGAGGUAACAGUACUAUGUGUCGUGUGUUUUCAGUUGUUCAAGAGAAAUCAGUGUAACAUAGCAAAAACACAGUUGUCAUCUUGUACAUAUCAAUAUACUUUCCCUGUUUUGGCAUACAACCCAAUAAAAGGCAUGGAGUUUAAUGGAACUUAAUUUACCCGCCCUUUUUCGCCCGGUGGUCCAAUUACACUUGAGCAAGCCUUGGUCAGAACCUCCUUCCUUUAGCUAAUCUAUGUUGAAAAGAUAAAAGUGAUACUGGUGCACUCUCUAAAAAUGCUAGCUAGAUAAUCUACAUAAAUCAUUUGCUAUCUAGUUACAUCUGAAAGCAAAUGUUAGCAAAAUACUAGCUAUCUACGUGGCUAAUUUCGACAAAAAUGUUUGCUAGUUAGCUAGCGUUUUACUGACAUGAUAUAUGUAGACAUUUAUAUAUAAUGAUUGAUGUAGAUUACCUAGCUAGUUAGCUAGUGUUUUACUGACAAGAUAUAUAUAUUAGGGCUGUCAAACGAUUAAAAUAUUUAAUCGUGAUUAAUCGCAUUAAUGUCAUAGUUAACUCGCAAUUAAUCGCACAUUUUUAUCUAUUCUAAAUGUCCCUUGAUUUCUUUUUGUCCCAUUAUUUUUUCUCAUUUUAAUGCUCUUAUCAACAUGGUAAAGUGGAUCGGCUUGCUUUGUGCAAAUGUUGUUUUUACUGAAAAAUCAUCCAUUGUUGCCUGGCUUUGACGAGGGAGCGGAGAAUUCACAUCAGCUGUGUGCUUGGCCAUCAAGUGGUAUUUCAGACUGGACGUGCUGCGAUGAUAGCUCAGUUCACAACGACAAAACACACAGAUCACUUUGGUUUUGUCAAUGGAACCAUUUGGCAACUUUUUAAAAGUAAACUUUCCAUUCAGAAUAUUAUUGGCAUCCAUUUCGGCGUCUCAUGCUCACCAGCCACUCAAAACGUAACGUCUACUACUCUUAAACAAGUGUGUGCGGCGUGCCUGUUGUUUUGUUUCCGGUCUAGCUAGAUCCGGUGUGGUGUUGUAGUUUUUCUAACGUUACUAGUUCUUGCAACAACAUGUGAAAAAAACUACAAAGUGUGCUAGGCCAAAAAGAACGUUAAUCUCGCGAUAAAAAAAUUGACUGCGUUAAAAUGGGUUUGCAUUAAAGCUGUUAAUAACACGUUUAACUGACAGCACUAAUAUGUAUACAUUUAUAUAUAAUGAUUGAUGUAGAUUACCUAGCUAGUUAGCUAGUGUUUUGCCAGUAUUAGGACUAUAUCACUUUUAUCUUUAAUUCAAUUCAAUUCCAUUUUAUUUGUAUAGCGCCAAUUCAUAACAGAAGUUAUCUCAGGACACUUUUCAAAUAGAGCAGGUCUAUACCGAACUCUUUAUAACAUAAUUUACAGAGACCCAACAGUACCACCAUGAGCAAGACCUUGGCGACAAGGGCAAGGAAAAACUGCCUGUUAAAAGGCAGAAACCUAGGACAGAUCCUUCGGCUCUAGGUGGGUGGUCGUCUGUCUCGACCAGUUGGGGUGAGAGAGAGAGAGAGAGAGAGAAAGAGAGAGAGAGACAGACAGAAACAGAGAGAGAGACAGGUGCACAGCAAACCUUUAACCAUCUUCAAAUGUAUAUUUCAGUUCAAGAAAGGAGAAAGUUGACAGAGGUUCUGAGGCUUGCUCAACUGUUAUUGGAGCACAGAGCAAAAAAGUGCAGUACUUAGGAAGACUCAUUACAGUGUUGUUACCACUCCACCGCAAAUGUUCAAUCUUUGAGUGAUUCAAUCAUCUUUAUUAGUUUAUACACCAUCUGAUUUUUUAAAAAAUUAACCAAAUAACCAAUAGUGCCCCAAAUUCCAAAGUUCACUCCCAGCUUAAUUGUACCUGUGGUAGGUUGUACAGAAGUGCUUUGCAUUCACCAUAGAUAGAAUUUCUCAUAAUUACAAGAGUCCUAUCUCACCUAAUGCUCAUGUUUCUGAUCUUAUGUGUUUGUUAAGUGUCAGACAAAAAGACACAUCUGGAGGCUGAAUCACUCUAUUACACUCAGACUGGCUAUGUUCAGAGUAAAUAAUUUCUGCCAAAUGUAAUUCCUUUUCAUUUAUUUUAAAAGAGAACAACUUCUGUUGUAUACCUAUUAAGUCAUGGAUUAACAGGAACAGUCUUGCCAGGCACGGGCCCAGGAGCCCAAGGGAUCAGGGGUGGCCCUAAGAUUAUGUGUGAAGAAGCUGUUCUACAAAGGAAUAGCCUCAAUAUUUACUUUUCAGUUGUCACAAGAACAUUAACAAAUCAUAAACAACAAAAUACAUAAUUUGUCAUUGCCUUCCAAAAUGAUCGAUUUGGCUGCCAGAUGAUAUGAUGUCCCCGAUUGGCAUUGGCUUCCAAAACCAUUACAAAUCACUGUUCCAAAAUUCAUGACAACCACUAUGGUUAAGGUUUAAUGAGGUUUGUCCAGCUAGAACUGCUUGGUAACUGGUUAAGAUUGUGGUAUGGUUUUUGUUAGGGUUAUGGUUUGUGGCACAAUAACAGUGUUAUGCUGCUUCUGCUUUUGCUUCUGACAGACAAGAGUAAUAAUACUCACAUAGCCAUCAAAGCUGUAAACAUAGGCUGUAUAAUACAUUCGAACAAACAGCUAGUGCUUUUGGUGUUCUGGUGAUUCUGUGCAGGAAAGAAGGCGCCAUGGUCUCUUUCAAAAUGAGUGUCUAUCCUCUCAGGUUGUCUGUAGCACGUACGUAAGUCCUGUGCUCCAUAUUGACACCAUGCAAUAUGGGUCCUUUGUUUAUCCAUGUGCAUAAUCCUUUUAUGGUUUAAAAUGAUCCAGCUUAGUGAGACACUGUACCAACAGGCAGUUUCAGAAACCACUGUGGGUGGGGAAGAGAGCAUGAUUUCUAGACAUCACAGAAAAAGUGCACUCUCAGAGCUCUAUUUUGUUGUUGUUUUUCAAAAAUGUGAAUUUUGAUAAAAGAGUUGCUUUUUAUAAACAACAAUAAUUUAUACUUCACAGUACAGAAAAGUGAAUUCUUACCUUGGGUCAGGUGAUGUCUGAGUGAUUUUUUUUUACAUUUGACAUGUUAAUCCUCUUCCUUCUGCUGUAGUAGCACGAAGCACAGGUCUACCCACUCACUGUUAAUGUACUGUACAUGAGUCCUUACUUCAGAACCCAUUGAAGUUGUUUGUAAAUGGUCAGAAUGAGGUACAGCACUCCUGAUUUUGUGAUAGCUUCCAAUAACACCCGCAUAUUUGUCAACUCUCCCCUGACAGUUGAUGUUUUCAAAUUGCAAUGCUUUUUUAAAAUCUGGAGGGAAUACAUCUCUUCCAUCCUGUUGUCUUCUGUAUGAUCUGCUUGAGGUAUCACAACAAAACCAAACUCAUUUCAUGUGUUUCUCACACUUUCAUAGGGCCAGAUCACCAACUGGGCAAAGCAGUGGGAUAAUCUGGCCCUGCACUUUUACCUCCCUCAUCUGAUUGUUGCACACAGGUGCACAGUGAGGUCAUGAGCUGGAGUUUAAAGAAAUGCACUGAGCUGUUUUACUAGUACAAUAUUUAAUGGUGCAUGUUUAUGUUUGGACAUAUUCUUUAUGUUUAGUGGACCGUACAAGAAGCUCAUGUCAGAAGCAUACUGCACAGUGUGGCUGUGCCUUGUACUCUGUGUCAGACUUUGUGGAGUCAAACAACUUGUUUGGCAAUUUUUAACAACUGCAGUUUAAAAAUAAGAAAAAAGGUGCUUCUGCAUCUUUUAUUUUGAAGCUCUUCCAACAAAUGAUUUUUUUCACAUUCUCCUUUUUCCUUUCAUUUUUAAUAAAUGUUCUUCAGUCGUAUUUUCAAUACCAGUCUGCACUAUUUUGUCACACUACAGUAUGUGUGACAUUAUUGUAACAAUGGUUCUAUAUGUUUUACAAACGCACAAAGACACUGUACUGUACUGUACAUAUGCAUUGUAUGCACAUUUCAAUAUUUUGACACAUUGGGCCCAGGCAGCACGUUCACUGUGUAAUAGCUGCUUCUGUUCAAACCAUGGGUGCUCGAAGUAGGUGUGCUGAGGGCGCUACAACACCCACUAAAAUCUGGCAUAAUGAAAACCAUUAGUUAAGAUAAAAAUGUUUAAACUUGGUUACUGGUUUUAAAUCUUAAAAAGUAAAAAAAAAAAAAAAAAAAAAAGUGUGUUAAAUGUUAAGGCUGCAGUAUAGGUUACUUUUAGAAAAAUAACUUUUUGUCACAUUUGGUGAAAUUUUCACUGCAUCCUGACAGUAGUACAUAAGACAGAUACUCUGUGAAAACAAUCAGGUUCCUCUGGCUGCUCCUACUGCUCUUAAUGGCAUUUGCAAGAAUCCCCCAAGUCUAAACGAAAACAACCAAUCACAGCCGAGAAAGAUAUGAAGACACUUUAAGAGGAGCCAGAUUUUUUUUCACAGGUGUCAUGUACUACUGUCAGGAUAUAGUGAAAGUUUUAUAAAAAAUUACCUACUGCAGCUUUAAUAACUAUUUAAUGGGCUUAGUUUUGUGCUCUUACAUCAUGGAUAACAUAAAAAAUAUUAGGAACACCCUUCGCCUACUGAAUCUAUGUCAACCAUGUAGCAGUGAGAGAUGAUACUGCAAGACACAUUCACUCAUUCCUUCCUUCCACCUGAUAUUAUUUUUGUUUGUUUUAUAAUGAAAUUACCAUGUGAGUUUAGAGCCGACCUACAGCUUCACUGGCUGUCCCAACUAUGUGUGUGGGGUCAUUAACAAAUGAAAUGAAAUGAAUGAAAUAGAAAUGACCUCACUUGAAUAUGACCUCUCUCUAUGUACAGUUUAAAGAGACAUUCAGUUUUUUUGUCAGUGUUUCAGUGUUUGUGCGCCAUGCUCUGUCCACAUGCUGGCCCAUGUUUGAACUGCACUGUGGCAGCUCCUCAGUACUUGCAUAGAACUGAAAUCUGCCUGGUUCUGGCAGUAAGUUUCCUUUUCCUAUAGACAAGUUAGAAAUGUUCAUACAUCUUGGCUAAAGAAACAUAAGACAAAUUUCCUUAUUUGCUUCCUCUCUUGGAGUGAAAUGUUCAGAUGGCUUUCAGUUUCAUUUCUGUCUGAGCUGUAGUCAGAAUGUCAGAAACAGGCACAAUGGUACAACAUAAAGCCAGUAUCUGGGCUCUAGUACUGAACCUGACAAUGCAACUGUGACAAUAGGACUGCUGGAAGCUGCACAGUUACUGUGUCUGUGUUGUGUUGUUCAUUAAGAAAUAGUUCUAGAAAAUAACUUCCCCUGAAAAUGUAAUAUUUCUGUAUGUGUCUAUGUGCUACGCUUGUCUAUGGGAAAAGACAUCGUCUGUGAAUCACAUACUAAAGUACUAUUUAUACCAAGUAUGACGUCAAAUUGAGUAUAGUAUGUGAAUUUUAUGUAUAUGAGAAAUGCCUGAACUAAACUGCCAGAUAAUGCUUUGUGUCUCUUCUAACAGGUCAAUAGCAGAUGGUUUUAGACAGUUUUUAUAAUUUCCAUGUGUUAUUUCACCACUGAAUUCACUUCUGAGAAUAUUUUAAGCAAAACAUCAACUGUAAAUUUCGAAUAUCUGUAGUUUUAUGAAAAUUGAUAGCGAUUCGAGAAACGUGCUCAAACAUUUUUGGAGUUGAGAAGCUCCAGAAGCAUGAGUGGUAGAUAAUCAGCAUCAAUCAUUAGUACACUUCUAUGUAGUACACUAUGCACACUACGUACUUACUUGCGUAGUGCGGUAAUUUCAGCAGUGUAGUCUUGUCUCAAAUCGAGCACAGCCAUUGUGGAUUUACCAAAAAUGAUCUACGCUGAUUUACAACCAGAUGGAGCAUUAGCGACAAUACCGGCUUAUUUUUUAAAAAUGUACCUGCUUUUACUUUUUAUCGCUUUUGUGUGUCCCCUGUCGUCAUCUCCGCUGCUCAGUUGCUCAACUGUUAUUAGGACACAGAGCAAAAAGGGGGACUUAUGAAGGGUCAUUUAGAAAAUUUCCAACUAUGUGGUUGAAUCAAAGACUUACUUCAUCCUUCAAUAAAAUUCAAUUUAAAUUGAUGGCUUCCACAAUCACAUAGGCUAAACACUGUAGAACAGUUGUUUUAAAGUCUCAAGGUUAUUUUCUAGUCUACAUUAAGCCUUUUCCAAUAAUGAAAAUACCUGGAAAAUAUCAGUUAAAAAAACUAGCUCCCAGAAUAGAAUAUUUCAGCUUUAUGCAGUACUUGUUCCCUUUACCACACAAUCUUCCAUUUUGCCUGACCCGGGGUGGCCCUGAAAACAUUGCUACUCUGUGUAGACAGGAGUUUUAAAAAUAUUUCCUGGAACCUUUUUGGUCCAAAGCACAUGGGUCACAGGGAUUAAUGUUAGACUCUUUAGGGGUCACCCACAGCCAAACACGCCUCUCUUCUCAGCCCUUACCACUGUGAUCUCACAUGGACUUUUGUUUUUCUAUUUUAUGUUUUUCUGUAUAAAUGUAUAUUUGAUGGUAUACCUGUGAAUGAUGUAUCAAUUUUUAUUUGUAAUACUGUCAUUGGUUUAUUUUGUAAAAAACGAGAAAAUGAAAAGUAAAGACAGAAAACACAAAAAACUCAUUUUUGUAGCAAUUGUCUUCAAUAAAACCAAAAAAAGCCAGAAAAAAACAAUGGUGACAUGCAGAAUACGCAGCAUUUUAUUAUUAUUUUUUUUACAUGAACUGGUUUAAAUUAGUUGUGCUUGUAAUAUUAGCAGAUUGUGAUUAUUCUUUAAUACCAUCUUUGAUACCACACAAUACAAGAUCACAUAUUCUAUUCUACACUAUACUGUAUAUUGUCUUUAUGACGAGUGCAAUUUACAGUGAACACUGUACACCCAAAUGCAUCCAUUCACAUUGUGGUUUUCACACUGUAAUGCAAGCUUUAGACACUGGAGGGAAGUAGAGCAUCUAGUCAACCUGAAACCCUGAAGCUGGGAGGAAGAAAUAUAUAGUGUUUUGUCUUAUCAAACUGCUAAUUUCAUUCUGCCACAAAUGAUACUGACUAUACUGACGUUUAGUUUUGGCCCUUUGUCUAUAUAUUCACAGAAGUGUAUAUUCAAUAAAACUGUGAUUUGCUUAUCA